GUUUAGCUUGGCGUCUCAGUUUGUUCUAGUGUCACUGCAGAUCCCUUUCUAGAGGGUUUUAGCUGAUUUCCCUUUACUUUCAUGGCAACCUUUGGCUCAGUUUGUUCUUCUUCUUAUUAUUAUUAGUGUCACUGCAGACCCCUUUCUAGAGGUUUUCUGCUUGUUUCCCUUUGCUUUCAAUUGCAACCUUUGCAGGCACUUCAGAGCCCUCAGCCCAAGAAAGAGGGGGAAGAAAAACAAAACAUCUGGGAACUUUGCACUGGUCUGUUAGGCAGAGGUCUUCCUUUCUCCUUCUUCUGGCAUCCUGAGAUUUGUUGUUGUUUGUUUGUUUGUAUUUAUUUGCAGGCUUUUGCUUGGGGUGAAAGUAUUUAGAGAAUUCCUGGAGAAGAGGAAACCUGACUCUCUCCAAAGGGUCCUUGCUGAAGGAAAGAAAGAAAGAAAACAAAGAGAGAGAGAGAGAGAGAGAGAGAGAGAGACUUGUGGAAAAGAAAAGCAGCCAGAGGGGGGACCCCCCUUCCUCAGGAGUUCUGAGAGGACUUUGGAAAAGCCCUGCCUCCAACCUGAGGGUUGCUUGCUUCCUUCCAAGUGGGACAAUUGAAAGAAGGGAACCACUUUUGCUUUCCUCCUCCUUUCCUCCUUCCUCCUCCUCCAACUGGUCUUGGGCGGCUCAGAGGCUCAGAAGAGCCAUAGCCAUACCUAUGUAAUAGUCCAGCUCACAGCAAGCAAGAGCUGAGUGAAUUUCUGCCUUCUUCUGGGCUCUCUGUGCUGCUGCUUGUUUUCCCCUCCAAGAAGGUGGUGAGGAUGAUGGAGAGUCUCCCCUGGGACCAGUUCCUGCUGCAGCUCCUCUCUCUGCUGGCUCUGGCACCUUUGCAGGGGGGGCAAGAAACGUCAGUAGAGAGCUGCUGCACACGUGGGUAUGAGUGGGCAAGUCAAAAUAGAGACUGUAGUUCUCUGCCAUUAAAUCCUGAUUCCAAAGAAUGCAGCAUAGCCCAGCAGCAGUGCUGUCUCAAUCAACUGGAAGAGUUACACUGUACAGCUGGAAUAGAUAUUGCCAGUAAGCAAGAAGACUGUGACUCAGAUAAGAGCAAUGCUACCUGUGAAGACAAAAUAACUAAAAAAUGCUGUUACUGCUGCUUUAUGGGGAAGGUUGCUCAGAAGCAAGGGAACAGCUGUGAACAGAGUCUGUUGAUGGGAUACCAGUGUGGAUUGGUCUUCAGGGCUUGUUGUGUUGAGGGACAAGAAAGUGCUGAUACUUUAAUUGUUGAUGGUCCUAACAAAGAAUUGGAUUCAGUAUCACCAGUGGAGGUUGACCAUGAAGAUCAUUAUCUUAAUGAUCGUUGCAGAGGAGGUGGUCCUUGCACCCAGCAAUGUAGGGAUACUGGUAGCAGUGUCCUCUGUUCUUGCUUUAUGGGGUACCAGCUUCAGCCUGAUGGCUUCACUUGUGAAGAUAUUAAUGAGUGUAUUACUACAAGCAAUACUUGUGGCAUUGGACAAAUUUGUAUCAAUACCCUAGGAUCUUUCCGCUGUCAACGUGAGACCAGUUGUGGAACUGGCUAUGAAUUAACUGACAAUAAUAUUUGCAAAGAUAUUGACGAGUGUGAGACUGGUACUCAUAACUGCCUCCCCGAUUUUAUCUGUCAGAAUACUCCAGGAUCCUUCCGUUGCCGACCCAAGCAACAAUGCAGGAGUGGUUUUAUACAAGAUGCUCUAGGCAACUGUAUUGAUAUUAAUGAGUGCCUGACCGCUAAUGCUCCUUGUCCUGUUGGGCAGACAUGUAUCAACACAGAUGGCUCCUAUGCUUGCCACAGGAAUGUGCCAAACUGUGGACGAGGCUACCAUCUAAAUGAAGAAGGAACAAGAUGUGUAGAUGUAGACGAGUGUUUGGCACCCAGUCAGCCUUGUGGAGAAGGUCACAUUUGUACCAAUACCCCAGGAAGUUAUCGUUGUGAGUGCCAAGCUGGCUACUAUUUUGAUGGAAUCACUAGAACGUGUGCUGAUGUGAAUGAAUGCCGGCGGUACCCUGGUCGCCUGUGUGCUCACAAAUGUGAAAACACUGCUGGUUCUUACUACUGUAGCUGUACAAUGGGUUUCAAACUUUCAACCGAUGGGAGGUCAUGUGAAGACCUAAAUGAAUGUGAAAGCAAUCCCUGUAGCCAGGAGUGUGCUAAUGUGUAUGGUUCCUACCAAUGCUAUUGUCGUCGGGGCUACCAGCUUAGUGAUAUAGAUGGGAUCACAUGUGAAGAUAUUGAUGAAUGUGCUUUACCCACUGGAGGACAUAUCUGUGCCUAUCGGUGCAUUAAUAUUCCAGGGAGCUUUCAGUGUACUUGCCCCUCUUCUGGUUAUAAGUUGGCCCCCAACGCACGAAACUGCCAAGAUAUUGAUGAGUGUGUGGCAGAAAUACAUACCUGUUCGUACAAUGAGACCUGCUUCAACAUUCAGGGUGGUUUCCGCUGUCUGUCUUUGGAAUGCCCAGAAAAUUACAGGAAAUCUGGAGAAACUCGUUGUGAGCGCUUGCCUUGUCACGAAAAUAAGGAAUGCCAGAAGCUGCCCUUGAGAAUAACUUCUUAUCACCUCUCUUUUCCUACCAACAUUCAAGUGCCUAUUGAUAUUUUCCGUAUGGGCCCUUCCAAUGCUGUUCCAGGGGAUAAAAUUCAGCUCUCCAUCAUCAGCGGGAAUGAGGAGGGUAUUUUCACUGCAAAAAAAGUGAGCAGCCACAGUGGUAUAGUGACCAUGCAGAAGCAAAUCACAGAGCCUAGAGACCUCCUCCUGACCAUUGAGAUGCAAGUCUUCCGCCAUGGAACUAUCAGCACCUUUUUAGCCAAGCUGUUUGUCUUUGUCUCUGCACAGCUUUGAUCCCUGCAUGCUGGCAUCCCUUGCUACUGUCUCCCUGGGCGGUGGCUUCCUUUUUAAUCAUUAUAAAAAUAAAGUUUUAUUGAUAAAUCA